AUGGUAAUAAAUGUUGGAAUAAAUGGCUUUGGUCGCAUAGGCAGAAUUACUUUUAGGAAAUGCUUUCAAAAUAAUGAUUUACAGGUAUCAGCAAUAAAUGAUCCAGCAGUCGAUAUUGAUUAUAUUUGUUACCUUAUAAAAUUUGAUUCAACUCAUGGACGAUUUAAAAAUGAUGCAAGGUUUACCGCAAAUGAAAUUAUAAUUGACGGUAACAAAAUUCAGGUGUUUCAUGAGAAAAUACCGUCGAAUAUACCAUGGCAGGCCGCUGGUGUGCAAUAUGUAGUCGAAGCUUCUGGAAUGUUCGCAAACCUUGAAAAGGCUUCGGGUCACCUGGCAAGUGAUAGCGUUAAGAGAGUCAUAGUAACAGCUCCUAGUAUAGAUAUUCCUAUGAUGAUAAUAGGCGUCAAUGAAGACACAAUCAGUACAGAACAAAAAGUAAUAUCCUGUGCAUCCAGCACAUUAUAUUGCUUGGCUCCACUUAUAAAAGUUUUGGAAGAUAAUUACGGUGUAGUGGAAGGAUUCAUUACAAGCAUACACGCAAUGACGCCUUCCCUUAAACCAUUAGAUGGCCUAUGUUUAAGAGGAAAGCAUUGGCGUGACCACAGAAGCAUUCAUCAGAAUAUUAUUCCAGCUACAACUGGAGCAUGUAAGGCUCUCGGUAAAAUAAUACCGCAGGUCAAGGACAAGAUGAUCGGACUAGCUUUCCGAGUACCCAUUGUUAACGUUUCUGUACUUGAUGUGACUAUACGGUUAAAUCAAAAUACAACAAUCGACGAAAUAAUUAAGCAAAUUGAAAAAGAGAGCCAAUCAACUAUGAAAAAUAUCAUAAAAACGUCGAGCGAUGAAGCAGUGUCGUCUGACUUUUUGGGCGAUAUUAAUUCUUGCAUUCUUGACGAAAAUUCAAGUCUGCAGUUAACACCGAACUUUUUCAAGCUCAUUUGUUGGUAUGAAAACGAAUUUUCCUACGCUUGCAGAGUAGUAGAUACAAUAAUGUACUCAGAAAAAUGCUACCACUUAAAAUUUAUAUCUAAAGUAAGAAACGAUCUAUUUUUAUCCAACAAAUUAUUUCAAGAACUAAAUUUGUCGGUCGGGUCGGUACACAAUAAUAACAUGUUGGUUAAGUCGAAUUAUAAGAUUCAAAAAAGAACAAAUGCAUUAUUAAGUCCGCUCCGGGAUGAUGAUUUUAAGACAAAAUUUUCAAAGCAAAAACAGUUAAAAACUAAACAGGCAUUAUUGCACUCGAAUCGAGUUGAUGAAAAGGAAAAAAAUGAGAUUUUUGAAAUAUGGAAUGAUGAUGUAAGCGUUUAUAAACCAAGAGUAAAAGAAAUUGAGCCAUUUUAUCAUAGUUGCUUAGCAUUUACGGGACCUAACAAUAGGACAAGUUUUUCUAGAAGUCAUGAAAGUGUAGACAAAGAUAUUGCAAAGUGUAAAAUGAUAUAUAAAGCAGAUAACUUACUACAAGGACAAAAUCAUAGUAAAUAUGACGAUGAAUACGUAGAAAACCAAAUGAACAUAGAAAAUGGUGUAAAACAGAAACUUAAUAUAAUUUGCAAAAAUAGCUCAAUGUGCGGUGAUUGUGUACCUUUUGAGAAUAAACGUUAUGAACAAGGAUUGCAAAGAAAUAGUACAGAAAAAGAUAAAAGCUGUUUAAGAGUAACCCUGAGUGAUAUUAUAUUUCAAGAAAUUGAUUUAAAGUCACAGAACGAAAUGAUAAAUAAUAGAUGCUAUUCAGAAAAAAUAAGCGUUAACCAUAUUCAGACACUUAUUCCAGUUUCUGAAAACGAUGGGGCUGAAAAUUUGGAGAAUUUACCUAACUAUCAUACAAUGUUAGCAGAAGAUGAUAGUAAAGAUGAUCAGAAUAUCGUAAGACUUAAUAACGGACCAGAUUAUGACAAGAAUUGUACGAUCGAAAUUGGAAUUAAACCCUUUGAGCCAUGUACAAGAAAUUAUAAUGAAAUCAAUUUAGAAUAUAAAGCUAGUGACUUUGAAAGUAAUACAAAUAGUACGGAUAUUGGAUCAAUACCUUCAAAGGAAGAUCUGCAAAAUAAAGUUCUUAAAAAUAUUAUUAACAAAUUAUCACUUGGAAUAUCAUUAAAUAAAACGGGAUCGGAAAAUUUACGUGCCAUUAACACAGACACUACUAUAAGUAAUUAUGACAGAGGUGGAAUUGUUCCCGAUAUUUUUGAUAAACUAGAUAGCGAAAGCGGUACGGAUUCUGAAAAUUCAUUUGAAAUCAAAGAAAGGAAAUCACAAGUUCUUUCUAUAGCAGAUUUGAAAACUUCUGUAGAAAAUUUAGCAAGAUUGGAUAAAAUCUGCAAAAUUAUUGAAAUAUCUGAUGAGUUAUCAGAUAAGCUAUUUUCAGCAUUGGAUAGCAAUAAUCAAGACUUUGAAAAAAAGAAUUGGUCAUUCAAAGAUUUAUGUGAAAGAUUAAAAUUGGAUGAGUUUUGUAAUAGUACAUUUGGACAAUUAAAUUUUUGAAAUGAAAAAGCAAUUAUAAUCGUGAGCAAAACAUCUAAUUUCAAC